AUGCCUAUGCCGGGUUAUGUCUUCCGCGAUGGCGGCACCACUCCUCCUCCAGAAGAGAAUACAGACUCUGAAUUUCGCAAACGAAUUACUCAGGCUACGAUACCAAUCACAGCCACUUCCAAAACUCCCCCGGGCCAAAACACUUCUACCGGCCAUCAACUAGCUACUGGGGAACAUGACAUCCUGGGUGCCGCUCAGAAGGCCGGUAUGGAGGACCGAAUCACUCAUCAAGGGUGGCAAGCCAACGCUGUGGAUGUAGAUACGUUGGUGGAUGGGCUGCCGAAUGAAGAGUUGUGGAUUUGGAUCAGAAGAUUCAACAAGGCAAGUUCACGACUCCAAUCCGGCGUUGGCUGGGACACACGCUUACCACAUUGCCAGCAAAUAUACCAUGUCAAGGCCAUCCCUGAAACUCCUCUUGGAGGCCUCGACCUUUACAUGGUCGAAGAUGAUGAUUUCUCUCCAGACAGGCUUCGUUCCAACGUUGAACGACUGUACAUGACAGUCAUUGUCGGGUUGAUUGGAUUGGGAAAACAUAUUGCAAGAUUGAGGUCGUGGCGCGAACCUCGUCGAACUGCUGCUUUUGCCGCCGUAUACUUCCUGGCCUGGAUCUUCAACGUGAUCACUCCCGCUUCGUUGACCACGAUCAUUGUCCUCGUCACUGUCCCUCAAUCUCGAGAUAUUCUUUUUCCUCCGGCACCUCCGGCCGGGGUCCUGGGCAGCCAUGACAAUGUCGCUGGAGCGCCCGAGAAAUACCCAGGCGAAGCAGUUGAGCAAGACGCCAGUAAUUGGGUGUCACGCAUCGCCUCAGUGGCAAGCAGGAUCCUGGACAGUUCUAUGCCUGAUCCUCCCAAAAUCGCAACGACCGCCGCGGAUGCUUCUUCAUCGGUUGCUCAAGGAGUAAUCCUAGAGGAGGACCAUGACCAGGCCAAGCAACCCAUGGAAGAUGCCAUCUGGAGACAGAUGCGUCCUGCAAUGCACGUCAUUGGCGACAUAUCGGAUAUGUGGGAAAGACUUGCAAACGCUUUGUCACCUACUCCACCUUUCUCCUCCACCAAACGUCUUCAACUCGGUGCCGCUCUCGUUCCCCUGUUUCUCUGGUCUCUCGUCACCAAGCCGCCAUGGGUCAUGAAGGGUUCAACCUUUUUCGCUGGAUUUGUUUUCUUCUCAGACCCGUUGAUGCGCCGAGGCAUCGAGUGGUUGAAUAGGAAUAUCCCCGACUGGCCUAAAUACCUGGAGAUGCGCAAUACACUUCUUAAAGGAGUUCCGACAAAUGCUCAGCUUACCAUUACCUUGUUACGAAUUGGUGAAGCAAAUCGUACUCCUUUACCACCUCCUGACGAGCUGGCGGACAUAGACAAAGAAACCAUCACUGUUAAUAGACUUGACGCCUCUCAUUCGGAGGUUGAAGAUGUCAUUACCGUGGAUAAGCCCAGCGGCACAGAUGGCACAGAAGGUGACGAGCCCCAGAAAAUGAAGAAGGGCGGAUUCGGGGCCAAGGUCUUGUCUGCUUUCAAACAUACAACAGCUGGAGCAGUGGAACCUGAAUUGGCCACUGAUUCGACUCGAGCCACAAUGGGAUCACAUCCUGCCCAAAAGAAGUGGGGUGGACUUCCUCCCAAGGCGGAACAGAAAGCCAAUGCGGUGGAGGGACUAGUGGAAUUCCAAGGUCGACGCAACGGUCGCAAGGCUGCAAUGUACGUGGACAGUUCAGUGUCUCCGGCCAGUGGCAACAAGCCUGCAUCACCUUGUGUGUAUUUCACUACACAUCUUGACGGAAAUGAGAUCGUUGAAAGCGUGCCGCGCCAUCCGGACUGGGCAGUGUCGAUUGCAGAUUUGACAGAGGUGAAGAAAAUUGGUGGGCUGGGAUGGAAAGGGAAAAUUCUGGCCGGACGGGCCACAAACCGAGAGGUCGAGGAGAGUAUUGAGCUUAUCACCGGGGAUGGGAAGAGGUACCGUACCAUGACACUCGAGGGGAGAGACACAUUAUUCAAUCGCAUCAUAUCGAUGGGUCAGCAGGUGUGGGGGGGUUAUUAA